CGCGCGCACCCCCCCCCCCCCCCCCCAUCUACUCGGUGUGCAAGCUGAGCUUCGAGGGGCUGAGCUUCGAUGGAGGACCGCAUGGCGGGGCACAACACGGAGAAACGUUAUGAGUGCGACGUGUGUGGCAAGGCCUGUAAUUACCCGAGCCAGCUGGAGACCCACCGGCGGGUGCACACUGCAGAACGUCUCUUCGACUGCUCGGAGUGCGGCAAGAAAUUCACCAGCUCCAGAAUCCUGCUGCGGUACAACCGUAUGUACUCCAGCGAGAGGCCCUUCACCUGCUCCAACUGCGGCAAGAGCUUCAAGACGGUGCAAUACCUGAACUCCCACCUGCGGGUGCACACGGGCGAGAAACCCUAUGGCUGCUCCACCUGCGGCAAGAACUUUGCCCAGUUAUCGGGGCUGCGGGAUCACCGGCGGGUGCACAGUAGUGAGCGGCCCUUCACCUGCAACGACUGCGGCAAAGGCUUCACCUCCUCCACCAACCUGAUGAAGCAACAGCGCACACACACCGGCGAGCGUCCCUACACCUGUGCUCACUGCGGCAUGGACUUCACCCAGUCCAGUCAACGGCUGUCCCACCAGCGGACCUACGCCGGCAAGCGCCCUUUCACCUGCGCCCAGUGCGGCAAUAGCUUCACCCUGUCCAGCGGCCUGCUGGAGCACCAGUGCACCCACACUGGCGAGCGCCCCUUCACCUGUGCCCAGUGCGGCAAGGGCUUCACUCGCUCCUCCCCUCUGCUGUCCCACCAGCGGGUGCACGCCGGCGACCGUCCCUUCCACAGCCCGGUGUGUGGAGAGCGCUCUGCCAUAGCCUCGCAUGCCCUAUCUCACCAGAGCGUGCACAUCAGUGGCCAGCCCUACGAAUGCAUGUACUGCGGUGAGCAGUUUGACAGUUCACGGGGGUUGCGGCAGCACCGGCGGACCCACGCCUGCGAGCAGCUGCUCCCACUGUGACAAAAGAGCAUGGGGGCUGCGGGAGAACCAGCCGAUACACACCUGAGAGAGACCCUUUGUGUGCGCUGAGCGUGGCAAGGGUUUCACCCGCAUGUCCAGCCUGUUUCAGCACCGGCGUACACACAGCGGUGAGUGUCCCUUCCCCUGCCCGUCCUGUGGUAAGGGCUUCACCCGCCUUGACCGGUGGGUGAAGGCGGGUGAUGCACCGGCGAGUCCACACCGGCCAGCGCCCCCCUUCACCUGCCCGUUCUGUGGCAAGGCCAUUGCCCGUUCCUCCAGCCUGCUGGCACACCGCCACGUGGAUAGGCGCUGUUUAGAU